AUCACUUUUGAAAUUCCUGUACUUACCAGAUGAUUUGAAAUAAUAUUAUCAAUUUUAUUUAUAUUUUUAGCGCGCUUUGUGUAAUUUUUAGUAAAAUCGUUGAUUGUAUGAUUUCGCCAUGCUUGCUUCUUCAAGAAUAAUAAGUAGAGUAAUGGGGCAGACCCUCUCAGAGCCGGUGACGGAGAAGCAGUCGUCCACAUGCCAAGACUCGCGCUAUCUGGUGGGGUCGUCGUGCAUGCAGGGCUGGCGUGUGUCCAUGGACGACUCCCACACACAGAUACUAUCCCUGCCUGACGACCCUGGCACAGCUUUCUUUGCGGUUUAUGAUGGACAUGGAGGUGCAAAUAUAGCAGAAUAUGCCGGGAAACAUCUACACAAAUUCAUCACUGCCAGGCCAGAGUAUCAUCUUGGUAAUAUUGAAGAAGCAUUAAAACAGGGUUUCCUAGACUUGGACCAAGCGAUGCUAGAGGAGGACAUGCAAGAGAAGGUAGCGGGCAGCACUGCUGUAGUGGUGAUGAUAAAGGAUAAUACGCUCUAUUGCGCCAACGUUGGCGACUCGCGCGCCAUAGCCAGCGUCAGGGGCACGGUGGAAGUCCUAUCGUACGAUCACAAGCCAAACAACGAAGAGGAGCUGCGCAGGAUCACAGCGGGCGGCGGCUGGGUGCAGCUCAACAGGGUGAAUGGUAACUUGGCUCUCUCGCGCGCUCUGGGCGACUAUAUCUUCAAGCGGAACUAUAGACUGUCGCCGAGGGACCAGAUCGUUACAGCGUACCCAGAUGUCCAGGUUCGACAGCUGAACGAAGACUGGGAGUUCAUAGUUAUCGCCUGCGAUGGAAUCUGGGAGGUGUUGUCCAAUGAGGAGGUCCUAUCGUUCUGUCGAGUUCGGUUACUGAGCGGCUGGGAGCCGGCGGCCGUGUGCGAGGCCUUGAUGCAACUCUGCCUGGCCCCUAAUUGUGCCACAGGGGGCCUCGGAUGUGACAAUAUGACAGUUUUGAUCAUUUGCCUGUCUCCCUUCCCAAGGGUUGAUAUGGUGAAACCGCUGCCAGAAGAGCAGAUGUUGAACAACAAGUUUAUGACCAAAAUGGAGGACUUACUCUACGUGGAAGAAGAAGAGGAAGAUUUGAAGUAGAUACCGCAAGAGAUUCUGUAAAUAUUGUAUAGAUAUAAUAAACAAAUACUAUGACCAAAGAUUUAAAUCGAUAGAUAUGCCAUGGCACUGAAAAAAUAUGUAUGUUACGAGUGUGUGGACUCUUUCUUUCCUUACUAAUGGCAUGUGCAGACGAUCCCACCGCUGCCACCAUGUAUUGAAACGAGGCUGGUUGACCGACAACUAUUUUAUGAAUAACUUCUUGUAUAAUAUAAUUACACUACAGGACUUUUGUACGCGAAGGACAAAAAUCCUCGAAGCGUAGAUAAAAUGUCCGCUGAGAACUUGUCACAGACUCAACGCACACGGUAUGCGAUCAUUUGUUCACUAGAAGCGAACAAACUCGAGCUCUCAAGGCGUAUUAAAAUCUGCUGUGUGCGUUAAUGCGUCUUGGAACGUUAGUUCUAUUUUUUUCGAGGGUUCCCCCGUAUUUUUGUGCGGUCGAUGUUCUCCGCCAUUAUAACUAGAUAAUAGGGAUAGGUGGAGAAAAAUUCCACCAUACCUACCAGGGGGUCACCUUGUUAGGGACCGGUGGGACACGUCUCCCUACUGAUGAUUAUGGAGUAUAGACAUAUGUCCACAUUUCGCUCAUAUGUGAAUAUAGGCGAGGGUGAAUCUAACGAUAUAAAUCUUUGACUAUGACAGCUGUAUAAUAUCCAAAAAUAUGUCGUUUUCAAAAUGACGGUAGUUUGUAUAUCGGUACGUAUACUUCGCUGUAGUAUAAUUUCAAGAAAUUUGAGAUCUCUAUACGCAAUUGUGUAGCCGGCAAAUUGCCGGAAAAAAUUACAAUGACAAUGUGUGCAAUAUUCUUAGCAAAGGUAAUUAUUAAUUACGCAUUUUUUUAAACAUUUAUUUUUACUAAUAAUAAUAAAGGACAUUGGUCUAUUAUUGUAGAUUAGGGACAAAUGUAACGAAAUUUGACUGUGAAAAUACGAGUUAGAUUUUUCACUCUCAUGAUUUCAUUGUCAGUUUGUGGUAAAAAGUGCGCCAGUUAUUAGGUGCAGUAGCCGGCAGGAAAUAUUGUACAUCGAACUUUAGAAAGGAAUUUCGGCUUCGUAGAGAGUUGUCUCUGUCAUACCUGUGACGUUUUGUCGGUCUCAACGACAGAGACAACGCUCUACGAAACCGCUAUCUCUUUCUAAAGGUCGAUGUACAGUAUUUCCUGUCGGGUACUGUUUAACUUAUGUGCUAAUAAAAAGAUACAUGCUCUCGGAAUUUCGCUAGAUUUGUCCCUAUCCUUAUAGCUCGUUAACACAGACUGCGUAAGCGUACGUAGCGCGUAUGUGUAACCCGGUGUGUUAGGGGUUUACGCGCGUCACUACGCACGUGUCACGUGUACGCAAUUGGUGUGAAUUGGCGUUUAAGCUCGUAUAAAAUAUUGUGGGCAUAAUAAUAUGGUAAGGUAAUAAGGUUGGUAAGUAUAUUUGUUUGGCUGUUAGUUAUUUAAAUGCCUUAAAGCAUUAGAUUAAGAGGGCUCUCUCCGUCACUCGUUUCAUACAAUCGUAGUUCCAAUUUCAUUUGAAUAUUAAGCAAC